GGAACAUGGCAGUAGUUAACUGUUACGUUACAGUGUUAGACACAGAGUUUUUUAACUGCUUCGAAGUUCAGAUGACAGGUCAGCUGUACGAAUUCAAACGACAACUUGUCACUCAGCCAGGAGUAGACGGGAGUUCAUGAACGUUUUCUCAUUGACUUGUUGAAAGCUUACGCGUUUUAUUCUUGAUUAUUAUUAUUAUUGUAAUAUAUUAAGAUUCAUCAUGGCUCUGUCCCAGAUUCAGUGUCUAGACGACAACCACGUCAACCCGCGGACUAACGAGUCCAAACCGGACUUCUUUUAUAGCGAGGACCAGAGGCUCGCCCUGGAGAUUCUGCUCCGCGAAGGUCGCGAUGCCUUCGUCAAGUUCCUGGAGGAACGCCAAAUGCGGAGCUUCCUUUCAGACGUGGAGCUGGAAACUCUUACGAAGACGUUGGAGCCUUAUGACCCCGGCUCGGACCUCUUCCCGGAGGAUGCCGAAGAAAACGAGCCCCCGCUGUCGCUGCACUACUGGCCGGAAUUGUCGGAUAUGUCCAUCCCGAAGAUGGACUUGGGUUGGCCGCACACUGACUCCUACCGCGGGGUGACGCGCACCACAGUGUACACGCAGCCGCCGCUGGAGGGUCAGACCCACAUCAAGGAGAUUGUCAGACGGAUGAUCGCACAGGCGCAAAAGGUCAUUGCUGUUGUAAUGGAUGUCUUCACAGAUGUUGACAUCUUCAGAGAUUUGAUUGAUGCUGGUUUUAGGAGAAAGGUUUCUGUCUACAUCUUGCUGGAAAGCACAGCACUACCUCAUUUCCUGGCCAUGUGUCAGAGGGCCAGCAUGCAUGCAGGACACCUCAAGCACCUUCGGGUACGCUGUACAGAGGGCACAGAGUUUUACACUCGUUCCUCCACCAAAGUGAAAGGUCGACUGGGACACAGAUUCAUGUUCAUUGAUGGAGACAAAGCUGUAUCCGGAUCAUUCAGUUUCACCUGGAUGUCCUCACGACUGGAUAAAAAUCUCGUCACCGUGGUUACAGGCCAAGCGGUGGAGGCCUUUGAUCAUCUGUUUCGCCACCUUUACAUGAGCUCAAGAUCUGUUGACCUCCAGCAAGUUGCCAUAGAGCCUGAGCCCAAGCGUGAGCCUCUCCCUCAGGUGGCCCCUGUAGCCCUUCCUUCCACUACUAUAACAAGGAAAUUAUACAAUCCCAAGUAUGCCUUACUUAUUGGAGAAGGUGCUACACUGUCUACUGAUCAAGACAGCCCCAAAGAGUCUCAGACACCAGAAGUCCCAGAUACUAAGAAGAGAAGGCGAGGAAGAGGAAGUAAAGAACCUGUUCGAGAAGACGAUUCUAUCCAUCCUGCACUUAUCAAUCUUGAGAAGGCAUACCUGAUUCCUUACUUGCCCACCUGGCCAGAACCUGAUCCCCCAAGUGAUGUAAUUGGUUUUAUAAACAUUAGGGACGCGAAUAAACCAACACAAGUGCAUUUGCAACGCUCUGAGAGGUUUGAAACAAGUCAAGCCAUUCGGUUUACAAAUCCUUUGACUGUAUCCAAGGAACUCAUUCCAGAGGUUGCUAAGAUGACUUCCAAAAUCGAAAAGACAAAUCCUCCACCAUCACAAGAUCAAACCAAAGCAAAAGAGUCUGUACAUGACGGGCUGCAGCGUAUGGAAUCCACCAGUAUGAAAUUUGAAAAACUUGAACUACACUCAGUUCCAGCUAGACCUCUCAAUGACGCUACUCAUGUACUUAACACUGAGCAGAGUAUACAGUCAGUUGCAUUAACCAGUAGAGAGCAAGCUCAGGCCAUGAAACACAUACCUCCCCUGUCCAGCAACAUUGAACACAAAAAAACUCCACUUAAAAUAGAACAGCCAUCUGAACAAAGGAAUAAAGUAGCACCAAAAAUUGGGACUGGUUCAUUUGCUACUCCACAAGCCACUUACCCACCUAGCCCCACUGACUCAAACAUAGGAAAAGAAUAUGCAGGCACCAAACCAACACUACAUCUCAUGCAGGCUAAUCAUGCACAGCCAUACAACACCUGUCACAGUGGAAUUGAUAGUCACACACUUGACACAUCCAACCCCUCCUCUUCAUCAUCUUCAAGCUCAAAUACUCAAACACUGGAAUCCCAAACUAUUCAUCCAGCUAGCAAAAGUAGUAAGACCACCGAUGGCCAAGGCACACCAAAUAUUAGCACUAUGAAGAGGUUGAACAGUCUGACCAGAGAGCAGGUAGCUAUUCACAAGCCCACUGGAGAAAACAAGCAACAGACUAUCCCCAAAGUGUAUGAAAAUAGCGCUAGAAAAAUUGGAGUUCAGAGAGACAACAAAAAGAAUGACUUAACCCAGAACAGUCAACACGAUAAACAAAGAGAAACCUCUACAGAAAAUCAAAAUAAAAAAACUGUUGGAAUACACGAUGGCCAUGGAGGAACCCCAGUAGUCUCUGGGGACAAAGAAACAAUCCAGUCAUCCUUGACCCCUUUAGCACCAACUACAGACAGUGGAAAUAUUUCUGAAGAGGUAAAAACUGUAAGGCCUGUUGUCAGUGAUGGAAGUUCAAAGCCACAGGAAAAUCUUGCAGCCACAGUAGAGACUGAUAGCAAGGCAAUAUCGAGAAAGCUCACAGAACCUAAAUCUACAAAAAUCAUGAAUAAAACUGAAUCUGAAAAGAAAACGUACCAUGUGAAAGAAAACAAGCCACAAAGAAUAUCUUACAGUCAAAGUUCCCCAUUGACUAUGUGGGAGCGAAUUCAGGCUGCGAUGAAAGAACCUUCCACAGAUAACAGGGAUGUCACACCAGAACAAUAUUAUGGUAGUAUCCAAAAUUCACCAAAGAAGAACACCAGAAAACUCUCCCAAGAAUACCCCAAAUCUCCAAAAGAACGAGCACUCUCUCAAACACCAGAGAAAACCUUUCAAUCAGCAGAGAGAGAAUUGCUUUCAACUACUUCUGUCAGACGCACUUCAGAUGGUUUCCCUCCAUGUACACCUACCCCAGACUCACCUGUACUCACACCAGACUUUCAAACCCCUACAUCAGACAUGAGUGAUAGGUAUCGCUCAAGAGUUGACUCUAACCACUCCACAGCAUCAGAGGACUAUUUUGACUGCAGCGGGUCACCAAAUAAUGAGCAUGUGUCUGAUAGAGCAUUAUGCAGUCGCCACAGUACAGCAGGUUAUCAUGAUCCUGAAAAUGUACACAAAAAAAAUCCUCAUGCGGGUGCAACCAAUAAUUUAUUCAAAGACUAUAGUGCAUAUGUUGCUUUGUUUGACAAAGACAAAAACAAGCUAGCCCCGAGCAAGGAAACGCAGGGCCUUGAGAAGAAAGUGAAAACAGGGGACAAAGAGGAUUUGAAAACUAAAGAGAGUGGUAUAAAAAACACAAACCGAGAUUCGAAAGGGAAGGAGGGGCGAAAUGCUGAGAAAUCAAAGACACCGGUCUCACAGAAGACCUCUGAGAAAGAAAACGAGACCCAAUUUCAAGUGUUCAUGAGAAAUUCACGAACUCAGAGGGCAGCAGGAUCCAGCAAUGGAGAAAACAGAGAUGGGUCAGCCAGAGAGGUUGGUGGUCAGAAGGUAUGAAUAUACAAUGAGAGUAAAAGCAAGUCUACGACACUCUAAACUACAGCCACAAGUUCACAUGUGUCAGCUAAAUAAAUAGCAUCAUCAUAAACACAUUGUUUUAUACUUCAGUGUUGAAUCCAGUAACAUCAGAGGUUUAAAAUUAUAAAGUGAGAAGAUCCAGUUUAGGAAUGUUUGUACUAAAUUAGAUCAACACCAUAAUGUAUAGCUUACUUUGUAAUUUUGUCCAUACCAAGAGUUUAUUAAAAUCAUCUGAUCAGGUCAAUAUUGAAAGAUGAUGCCUGCAUGCCUUUAUUAAAUUGUGUAGGUGUCAAAUAUUUUUCUUGCUUUAGUUUAUUUUGCACUGUCACAGAUUUUCUUUAUUGUCACUGACAUACAUGCAAAUAGCAUUCAUAUUGAACACAAUUACCUCAUGCAGUGUGUGUAUUGCCUGUACAGUAUGCACCAGAGGUGGACCAGUAAUUUGAGACGUGACACAUUAUCAUUGUUCAUAAUUGAACAACAAGACGAGUGUGUAAAAGUGAUGUUUAAUGAAGCGUAUGUGCAGACUGUGUUACAACAAUAAUGAAUGCUUUAAAGUAAAAUUGUUAUCGUCACAUUUUAUUUAUGUAUUUAUUUAUUUUUACCUGUUCAAGACAAUGAGGUGC